AUGGGUAAGAAUAAAAAGAAAAGUAAGAAACAAGAUGAUUCGGAGGAGACAACCAAACAACCUCAAAAAGAUGCCCAGGAAACCGAGAAAGAGAUAGAUGAAGCCAUAGAGAAUUCAAAAACUGCACAAAAGGUGAUUGAGUCCAACGGAGCACCUACUCUAGAUCCUUCUUUGGAGGGAUCUGACGACAAACCCAUCUUGGAGAAGUUGCAACAGGCGGAGAAGGAAAGAGACGAAAUAAAGCAUUCAUAUGACAAUUUAGUCAGUAGGUUAUCAUCAUUCAAAAGCGUGUUUGCUAAUAUGAAGAAGGCAGAGGUCGAACUAGAAGAGAAGUCGGAACUAGUAGACAAGUUGAAUGAGGAGAAUGAUAGAUUAAAGGAAGAGAACAUUGACCUAAAGAGCUCUCUCAAUGAAGCUUCCAACAAGGUAGAUCACAAUUUGUAUAAGGAUUUGCAAGAACAAAACGCAAAUCUCAAUAACGAAUGUGAGAAAUUGAGCGACACUUUGACGAAAACUAGGCGGGAAUACACCUCAACGAUUGAAGAAUUGCAAGAUGAGAAAUAUAGCUUGGAAAAUGAAAAUUCGAAAUUAUCUAAAUUGUUGCACGAGUUGAAACAAGAAGUAAGUGACCUUACGGUAGCUCAAAGUGAAUUUGACCAAGAAAAGAAGGACAUGGCUGACUCUGUAAAUGUUUUCAAGGAUCGAUUUGAGGCUAAAAAUGACGAAGUCAAAAGCGCCCACGCAAAGAUAGAGGAACUAAACAACCUCUUAUCCACAAACAACGUCUUCUUUGAAAAAGAAAAGCUGUCAUUGCUGGCGAAAAUAGAAGCAUUGGAAGAAAAGUUAGCAGAAAAAGACAAUACGAUUGAAACAUUAGGAGCAGAAGUGGAAAGCUUUAAGCAAAAAUCCAUGGAAUCGGAGCUAAAAUCCACCGAAAUUGCCGACUUGAAAAAGGAAAUAAACAACAAACAACUUCUUAUAGGAAAACUACGUCAUGAAGCAGUGAUUUUGAACGAGCAUUUGACCAAGGCGUUGACCAUGAUGAAACAAAAGGGUGAAGGUUCGAAUAAAACCGUGGAUGCUGAGUUACUAUCAAAUGUCAUAAUAAGCUUUUUACAAUUCCCUAGAGGGGAUUCAAAGAAAUUCGAGGCAUUGCAAUUGAUCAGUGCAUUACUAGAAUGGGAUCAGCUGCAAAAGAUUGCCGCUGGUUUGCAACAUGUGCCUAAUGCUAAAGGUGGUAAAACUAAGGUUGAUUCAAAUGGAAACGAGGUCCCAACAAGGCAAAGCUUUGUAUCUUUAUGGACUGAAUUUUUAGAAAAAGAGUCUAGCGGUAAGUAA